AUGGAUCAGGAGGUCAGUGUUCAGGAGGCCAGGGUUCAGGAGGCCAAGGGUUUACGAGGCAAAGGGUUCAGAAAGCCAGAGUUCAGGAGGCCAGAGUUCAGGAGGCCAGGGUUCAGGAGGCCAAGGGUUCACGAGGCCAGGGAUCAGGAAGCCAGGGUUCAGGAGGCCAGGGAUCACGAGGCCAUGGAUUUAGGAUGCCAGGGUUCAGGAGGCCAGUAUCAGGAGGCCAAGGGAUCAGGAGGCAGGGGAUCAGGAGGCAAAGGAUCAGGAGGCCAGGGUUCAGGAGGCCAGGGUUCAGGAGGCCAUGGUUCAGGAGGCCAGGGUUCAGGAGGCCAGGGUUCAGGAGGCCAGGGUUCACGAGGCCAGGGUUUACGAGGCCAGGGUUCACGAGGCCAGGGUUUACGAGGCCAGGGUUCAGGAGGCCAGGGUUCAGGAUGCCAGAGUUCAGGAGGCAAGGGUUGA